AUGCAUAUCGAGGUCCAAGUGGCGCUGAACUUCGUCAUCUCCUACCUGUACAACAAACUCCCGCGGAGACGGGUGAACAUCUUCGGCGAGGAGUUGGAGAAGGCGCUGCGAGAGAAAUUCCAGGGACAUUGGUACCCGGAGAAGCCGUUCAAGGGCUCGGCGUACCGGUGUCUGAAAACGAGCGAUCCCGUGGAUCCCGUGCUGGAGAAGUCGGCGCGGGAGAGCGGCAUGGAUCUCGUGGACAUCCGGGAGAAUCUUCCCGGCGACAUGUCCGUCUGGAUCGAUCCCGGUGAGGUGAGUUACCGAAUCGGGGAAAAGGGUCAGAUCAAGAUCCUCUACUCGGAGAAAGAAGAUCGAGACGGGGACGAGCGGCUGGACCGGGAAGUGACGAAAACCUUCAACCCGGAGGCCCAGUGCUUCAAACCCAUCGACAGCCUCGGCCUCUCCAAUUCCCUCAGCAGUCUCAGUCUUUCUCCGCCGCCACUUCCUACCCCGAACGGAGGAAGCACGGGGAAUUUAGCAGCUCCCAUCCCAAGUAUCUCUGCUGGGGAAUCCAGUCCCAGCCCCACGACAUUCUUGCCUGUCAUGAGCACGUCCCAGCUCACGUUCACGACGGCCACGUUCGCCCAGACGAAAUUUGGGAGCACGAAGCUGAAGACGAACAGCAAGAGGCCGAAUCGCAUGAGCCCGACGGAGUUCUCACAUUACAUCAAGCAGCGGGCCAUGUUGCAGCAACAUCAACGAGGAAAGCAGACCCAGCUCCUCCAAGCGGGAGCGAUGGGAAACGCAGGAUGGCCGGGUUGCUUCAACCCUCCCCCACCCCAGCGACCUCGAUCUCUGAGCCCGUUUGACCCGUAUGUGCAUGCGCAGCAGCGAGUCCCCUCCGAUUUCAACGACGUCGUCGGUCAAGGGGAUUUGAAUUUCCCAUCGGCCUCGUUGCAUGGCAUCUCGGUCAACGGCGAUCGACAGCUCGUGGACAGCAUCAAUCUGGGCGUGAGCAACCUUGCCUUCGCAUCCGGCAACAACGCACAACAAUUUCAGCAUCUUCUCAUGGCCAAUUAG